AGCGACCUUUCCCCUCCGCGACAGUUUCCCGAGGUGCCUAGUGCCUGAGCGGCACGGACGAGAGUAAGAAGGAAGGCAAGAUGGCGGACGUGCUGGAUCUUCAUGAGGCUGGGGGCGAGGAUUUCGCCAUGGAUGAGGAUGGGGACGAGAGCAUCCACAAACUGAAAGAAAAGGCGAAGAAACGGAAGGGCCGCGGCUUUGGUUCCGAAGAAGGGUCUCGAGCUCGGAUGCGUGAGGAUUAUGACAGCGUGGAGCAGGAUGGUGAUGAACCUGGACCACAGCGCUCUGUUGAAGGCUGGAUUCUGUUUGUCACUGGAGUCCAUGAGGAAGCCACGGAAGAAGACAUCCAUGACAAAUUUGCAGAGUAUGGGGAAAUAAAAAACAUCCACCUCAACCUGGACAGGCGUACAGGAUACCUGAAGGGGUAUACUCUAGUUGAGUAUGAAACAUACAAGGAGGCCCAGGCUGCUAUGGAGGGACUCAAUGGCCAGGAUUUGAUGGGACAGCCAAUCAGUGUGGACUGGUGUUUUGUUCGGGGUCCACCCAAGGGCAAGAGGAGAGGUGGCCGAAGACGCAGCAGGAGUCCAGACCGGAGGCGACGCUGACAGGUCCACUGUUGUCCAGAUGUUCUCUCCAGAGAUUCUACUUGACCACGCAGCCUUGGAGAAAUAGGGCUGGGGUGGAACUCACUGCGUUUAUAUUUAAUCUCUCACUCUAUUUGCUUAGUGGGUUUUUUUUCCCUCUGAGUUAUGAAUAAAUGUCCCAUUUUUGUUUUGUACAUUUAAAAUUACUUUCCUCUUCUAACAUUGCAAGCUCUGAAGCACUAUUUACAGUAAGGGAGUAUGGGUUACUUUGAAGAUACUUUAGGGCCUCAAUUCUAUGUGAAUUUCUACAUUAAAUACAGUCUCAAGUCUCAGCUGGUGUCAAAGUAGAGACACUGCUCAGAACUACUUUUUCUUGUAAGCUAAGAGAAUGGGUAGAAGUGAGGUGUUCUUGUGAUAUUAAAGCAUAAUUAUUUUGUUCCUGUA